CAGCCAGGGUGGAAAUGCACGCUACUUCCUGCUCGUAGGAAGGGGUAGUUUUAUGUUAAGAACUCCUAGAAGCAGCCUUCUGGGCUCCUGCCUGUCCCCCCGCGUGCUCCCAGGCCGGGGGGGAGGCCGUGGCUGGGGCAGGAUGCUGGGGGGGCUGCUGGGGCGCAGCCCUGGGCUCUGGUGGCGGGGGGCUCGGCUGGUCCCGUGUCCCGCCAGAGCCGUGGGUAACAAAGCGAAGGGCGCUCGGGACGAGGCUCUGCAGACGGCUAAUGCAGGUUACAAAGCUUUCAGAAAUGAGAGAAAGCCUACAGAUUUUGAUAAGAAGGUGUUAGUAUGGGCAGGACGCUUUAAAAAGAAGGAGGACAUUCCCAAGUACAUAUCGUCUGAGGUCCUCGAUGCAGCAAGAAACAGCGUCAGGAUAAAGGUUUGCUACAUCAUGAUUGCACUGACCUUGCUGGGCUGUUUGGCCAUGGUAAUCACAGGCAAAGAGGCUGCUAAAAAGGAUCACACGUUGCUGAGAGCGAACAUAGAAAAGAAGGCCAAGUGGAAGGCUGAAGUGGAGAAAGAUCAGGAGAUAGCUGUUGGGAAGCCACAAUGAUUUGGAACAGAUUUAUUUUAACAAUGGGAGAUAACUGAUUUGCACACGUAGCAUAUGUACUUGUCUUCAUUUAACUCAUCAGAGCUUUUUUCAUUGAAACUCUCUCAGGACAAAGACUUCACUCCUUAAAAUCUGCUCUGUGUGAACUGGGAAACUCCUAUGGAAACUCCAACAACUGCUCUCUGCGGCCUCUGUUCUUUGGCACUGGGUUCAGCUGAAAUACAGAAACCUCUUCUAAACUGGAAAGUGGGGGAAGCGUGAAUGCAGGACUCCCCAGCUCAGGAUCAGCUUUUUGUGGUGCUGCUGAUGCUCAGCGUGGCUGUGGGGCUGUCUCCUCGCAGCCAGGAAGGAUGCAGCCCUACACCAGAGAGCAUCCCAUUCUGUGCAACGCCUCUAGGGCAAACAGUCUUGGCCAAAGUGACCCGGGACAGGGGGAAAAGGAGUCUGAAAUAUGUUCUGCAACCACAAAGAGGUAGAUUGUCUCUACCUCUGAGUCUGCUGCCAUUGCUGUCCCCUCUUCCUCCCCAGCCCCUUGUGGGAUCCCCUGGCUGGAGGAAAGCGGGGACAUGAGGAUGAAGAAGGGCUGAAAAGAUGGAGUGUGAGCAGACUCUGACUGAUUUGGGCCAAAAGAGGCUUUGGGCCAGAGGAGAUGGUGGUGAUGUGGAGCGGCAGCAUGGGCACAUGGAAUGGUUUGGUUGCUGUGGGGCAGCCUGGGGAGCCUGUGCAUGGUGAAGGGAGCCUGGUCUGGAGGCACCUCUUGUCCUGCACCUCACUGGUUUUGCUUUUGCAUCUUCUGCUUCCAGUCAUUGUCAUGGGAAUUCUCUAGCACUUGCUUAGUUGUGGUUUUAGUCAGGAGUAAUUGUUAAUACAUGGUUUGCUAAAACUAGAUUCUUUUUAAUUAUCAUAGUUCAUUAAUUCAUAAUAAAACAGCUGUCCAAUUACAUCUAAAA